GGUAUAUAUUUACUGGUUGGCAGUAAUUGUCUUGCAUCAUUAGUUGAUGGUCAAAUACAAAAGAAGCCUCCAGUAUGGAAGACGCCACAGUCAUGGCCACUCAAUAAGGGUAUCGGCAUUACCAAGUUCUCAGGAAGUGACGUCCAGCUUAACUGUUCAACAUACGGGUAUCCUAAACCCAAAACAACGUGGUUUAAGGACGGGGAUAUGUUUCAUGAAAAAUUACGACAUAAGACAAAAGCUAGAAAUGGUUACUUGAGACUCAAGGUUCUCCAGAAAUCAGACACUGGAAACUAUACAUGCUUGGUCCAAAAUUCAGAAGGCAGUCUUAACUUUACCUUCCGUUUAAAUGUUGUAGAAAUAUCCCUUCUCGUACUGGUGGAUAAUCCGAGGAGAGUUACAGUGCUGGAGGGAGACAGGGUGGUCCUCCGUUGUAUGGCUUUGGGUGACUCUGAUGCCAAUAUACACUGGGAAAAGAUGGACGAUAGCAUUGUUGAUCCUGAAACACACAGUAGAGAUUUCCUUCCGUGCAAUGACCCAGAAAUUGUGUUUGAGAAAGUACAAGUCAGUGACGCAGGGAAAUAUACCUGUACCAUAGAGUAUUCUACUACGUAUUCUAUCGAAGUAAAGUCUGCUGUUUUCUUGUUGACAGUAAAUAAAGACAGAAUUGUCACAAAAACCAAACCAGCAGUAUCGAUGAUAACUCCAAAACCUAUUUUUACAGAUCCCAAGAUGAAUGGAUUAGAUGAUGAAGAAUUUUUCGGCAGUGGAGUUGAUGAGAACUAUGAUGAUGGAAUUCUUAGACCGAGAGUAAUUAAUACUCUAUCCAACUUUAACUACAGUGAAGAGAAGGACCAAUUUCUACUAAACAACAACAACAGUAUCCAGGACUCCCCAGCAGGAAAACCGCCCCAUACAGAUGAGGAAGGACUUAUGAAAGCAAGAACAAUUGACGUCAUCUUGGGUGUGGUGGCGGGCGUUGCACUCUUGGUGGGAUUGGUGGCUAUAGUGGCGAUACUUUAUCGAUAUCGUUUGAGGAGCUUAACAGUUACAGAAUAACCUUUGGAAGAUGGGAAAUUUCUAAUUUCUUUUCCAAGAAAACUUUAAAAGCAGUUUUUUGGGGCCUGAUGUAGUGCACGUCAAUUUUAACAACAUCGUUUCAAUUUUUAUCAGCAUAUUCAGUACUAAAAAUAUCUGUUUCAACAAGGCCAACCAAAAUAGUAUCAUGUUAUAAUAAUGUUAAAAGAAAUUGAAACUUGAUGUAAUAAUCUAAUGUUGUUAGGUCAUUUGAGUUCUCUGGUGAAAUUGCAAUCUGUUUGUGUGCAUUGUCUUGUGACGUGUGUUGUUCGUUAAAACUUGAACAUGUUCAGCUUGUUCUCUUGAACCGCCCUGACAAUUUCAAUGGAGAUUUUGGUAUAUUGCAUGUAUGGGCAAAUAAAAAACAAAUAUUCUAAA